AUGCCAAUGAUUCGACCCCCAGGGCUUCGUCGCGCCGCGACAGCCCUCGCGCCCUCGUCCUCCAUCGCAAGCCGCACCAUCUCAUCCACAACCCCGGCCCAAGCCGACCCCCAAUGGCCUCUCCUCAAGAAACGAGCCAGGCCCUCAAACCACCAAGACACCAUCCACAGCGGCGCCACGUCCCUCAUCGAGAGCCUCAAAAGCCGACAGCCACAAACACCUCCCGCAGCCGAAACGGCAUCGUCACCCGCCUCCCCCAAACCCGACUCCCGCCUCAUGCUCAUCCUCCACGGCCUGAGCCCUCACCUCAACGCCAGCGACUUCUACCGCCUCGCGCCCAACGACCUCUCCUCCUGGCAGAGCGUCAUCAAAAGAGUCCAGCAGCAACGGAAUCCCACGACCCUCGAACCCCUCGGCCGCUACCACAUAUCAUUCUCCACCUCCGCAGCCGCAAUAUCCUACCGUGACCGCCUCCUCCGCCUCCACAAACUCGCCCAUCACAAAAUCCGCUCCCCGGGCGGCCUCUGGGAGAGCUCCACGCCGAGACACUUGAAAUCGCCCGCGGGCGAGGACCCGGCCGCGGAACUGGACGCGUACACGGUGACCUCUGGCACGCAGCGGACCGUGGACGUGCAGAGACGACGCGUAACAGGGGGCAACAAGUGGGCGCAGAAACUGGCCGGCAUCGUGGGCAAGCUCGGCCACGGGGAGAAGCCGCCGGUGGUGCUGGUCCACGUUUACCCCCCGACGCUGACGGCCGGCGAUCUGGCCAGGCAUAUUACGGAGGACGGGUCGUCGAGGGGUUGCGAGUGGAAAGUAUGUCCGCCGCAGGGGCUGCUGCCGGCCGCCGUCGAUGCGCCCGCUGCCGUGGACGCGCAGUCGCGCACAACAUGGGAUAUUAAUGUCCGGGAAAGGCUCAAGAGUCGAUUUGUCGUGGUUUGCGCCAACGACGCAGAGGCACGUCGCUUUCAUCGGCACUGGAAUCAAAGAAUCCUCACGGCUGGCCCGGGGGAUGCAGAGGCAUUGACAAGGAAUAUAGUUCAUGCAUCAAUAAUAAACUGGUAG